AUGGCGUCACCUCGUUCGGACGAAGCCGUUAAUGGUUCUGUUGGGUCUGGCUCUGAUUCUAAGCACGCACCCGACCCAUCAUAUGCCAUCGCCCAAGUUGAUCGGUACUGCCAAGACACCACAAUGCCGGUGAAUACCUUGGGUCUCGCAUAUUCCUCCCAGGCUGGCCUGUCGCGUAAAAGGGAUCAUUCGAGUAUCCUUGACUCAGUUGGCAAUCUUCCACAUGGACAGCAACCAGCCAACGGCGCGGCAAUAGCAGCGCCAGCAUCAGGCAUGCUCCGAGGUGUCGGGGCUCAGUUCGAUAACCCUUCAACGGCGUCGACAAGACAAGGGCCAGGUUCGUCGCCAUAG